CGCCGAUCCAGCGGUCGUGUCGCCUUCGCCGCAUGAAGGAUGGAACCAUUCCUCCCGAGCCUCAGGAUUUAACAUUGGCACCGCAGGUGUCCCGAUCGCCAUGGGUUGCAUUAUGGAUGGUGCCUGUCUGAUGUAGAUACUCCUAGGGUUUGAGUUUGAGGGAUCCUAUGGUUACUUUGAACAGUUCGUUAACAAUAGCCAAUCACUCCGGACAAUCGUAGUUGAUAAUGAUCCCUUGGCCGUUCGUUAAGUUCAUGGGAUCCUCCACUAUUGAUUAUCACGUUGCUUUUGCCGUGAAGAUCCCCUUUGGGACGCUUGAUAAGCCUCGUGUCGAGGCUGAUAGUGAUAUGAGCCAUCACUGCAACCUCCGUCAUCCGCCCUCCCUCCGGUAUCUUUUCCGGGAUUGGAGGUGGAGCUGCUUCUGCCCCUUAGUUUCUGGUUGAGCACCUACAAUAACAUAUGCGGUCGCUAUCCUUAAAGAAAGUACGGAGUCCCGAGAAUCUGGUCACUUCUAUCAAUUCUUUCUCCGCGCCACCAAGCUCCCUUCUGUCCGCCGGCCAGUGA